UUAAAACUACAGCUCCUAAACAGUACUGUGUGAGGCCAAACUCAGGUCGAAUUGAGCCAAAUCAGAGUGUUGAGGUUCAAGAAGAGAGACGCUUGAAUUACGCUAACGGCAUUGAUUUCAAAAUAGUUAUUCUUCAACCCAUGAAAGAAGAUCCACCCCCAGAUUUUAAAUGUAAAGACAAGUUUUUGGUACAAAGUAUAGGAAUUACACCAGAACGUGAAACAUUAUCUUUACAAGAACUGUGGGCUAUAACGGAGAGAGAAUCAAAAGAUACGAUCAAGGAAAACAAGAUCCGAUGUGUAUAUUUACCACCGGUUGGAAAUAACUUAUCUCCAACAUUGUCAUCUCCAAAUCAACCUCUUCCAGUUCAACCAUCCAUUCCAGUUGUUCCAUCAAGUCCACCAUCAGGGGACAGUGCCUAUUCUGAAUCUCAAAAAUUGAAGAAUGAUCAACCUUCACCACCGCCAUACACAAAUGAUAUUUAUCCAAUUGAAAAGAAUUCUUUGGGACAUUCAGACAAAUCGAUCUUAACGCAGGCGGCCACCACAAAUGGUCACUCGAAUACACAACGUACACCUGCAAUCGUUGGCGCGUUCCCCAAAGAUGAUGCAUUCGAAUCUCAUAAUAUUGCCAAGCCCUUCAGAGAUGAUGAUGAUCCUGCAAAAUUACGACGACAAUUGCUUGAAGCAAAAGAGGAGAUUGAUCGUUUGAAUCACAUGGUUGAAAAUUACAAACAAGAAUUGAACACAGCUCAGAUGAGACAACGUAAGAGCGAAGAAGCUGCUGCUUCAUCGAACAGGCAUAGUGCGUCUGCCAUUGGUGGUUAUUCCGUCAAGACUCAAGAAAAAAUUCCUGAAGGUUAA